CUUUUCAGUAGUGAAGUGCGUGCGCGUUUCGCGGCAAACGGAAUUGCCGCCGGUUGUAAAACAGUCGCAGGAUAAAAUCGACUCGAAACGUAGCGAAAUUAGUUCGGAAAAUAAUAAGUUUGCAUAAUCCAAAACGUAAUUCGAAGCGAAGGGUGAAACUUAAAAUGAAUAGCGGCGCGUAAAUAUACUGUUAACUAUUUACGUUGCCGUGCAAUUUCCAGUCCAAAUCGCAGCCCACCCCCUUUUAUCAACGAAGCGCCAGUCAAGCCGCCGUGUUAUCAGCAAACGGAGCGCGACAAAAAACACAAAAAAUACACAAAAAAAACACAGAAAAACGUACUAAAAAAGAUAGAAACAGCACAAAGUAUAUGUGGGAAAGCAAAGUGAAAAGAAAAUGCAUUUGAGUGCGUGAGAGUGUGUGUGCUUAGGUUUCUUCAUCAAAUCAAAGGGAAAAAUCAACUGUUAACCGGCGAGUGGACGCAUUUAAAGCCAUCGAAAAAGACAAAAGACAAACAACAAGGCAGACGUGCAUGAAGGGAAAUCUGGCGGCUAACCGGCCGAUGAGUCUGGGCCAUCAUCAAUUACCCCAUUGCCUCGCACCUGGCCAUUAAAGCCCAGGCGUGUGGAGAUUGUGCGGAUUGUGGAGAGCAACAGGUUGGCCGGCCAAGUCCUUGGGGACUCCAAGACAGCAAGACACCACGACGACCAAGACACCCAUCCCGACACCCGCAUAAGUGGGCGAGUACGUGACUUAAUCAGCGGACGCAGCUGGAUUCUGAGCCUGGCUAACGAGGCGACCAGAGCGAUCACAAAAAGAGCUGGAGAAGAAGGAGGCGUGUCCCCAUUUUGCCCGCUAUGAUUUCAUGCACGGCACAGUGAGCAGGAGCAGCAGCAGCAGCAGCAGCAACAUGACAGAUGUGUCAUCGCCAGCUGGUGGCGCCGCAUCUCCGGUCGAAAUAGCCACCAGCAGCUCUACAGUCGCCACUACGUCGCCGUCGGCGUCGGCGUCGGCUUCCAAACCGCUGACCAAUGGCGCCAACAAGACGGCUAUACCAACGGCAGCUGGAGUGACACCGGGAGCUGCUCCUGGACCUGGUUGUGGAGCCAUCCCCGCCAGCAGUUCGAGUGGCAAUCAGGUCAAGCUGGAGCAUCAUCACCGCCAGAGCAAUAACAAUCGACCUGCGGGCAGCAAUCGCAGUUCGGAAACCAAGCUGAGAUCUCCAGCCGGCGAGAGUGACGGCGCCUCAAGGCUGAUGGCACCUGCCGGCAGUUCCUCAUCCCCAUCGCAAUCGCAAUCGCAAUCUCCAUCUCAAUCUCAAUCGCAAUCCCAAGCCAGUAUACAAACCCAAACGAGUCAGCAGGACAGGCUGGCCAAGGCAGCAAGCACCACGGCAUCGCAGCAGGAUGUCGAUGAGGUGGCCCGCCUGUUUGAGGAGAAGCCGGAAGCUUUUGAGAAGUGGCUGACGGAAAGGGCUCCUCCAGAGGCACUCAGCCGGCUGCAGGAGUUCAUCGAGAAUCGCAAACCACACAAGCGACCCUCGGUCACCUCCGAUCUCUUCCAGCAGUGGAUGGCCGCAUCGCCCACCGUGCAGCAGAAAUCGCCGAGGAGUCUCUCCAACUCCUCGGCAUCUUCGCUUCCGGAGUGCCGGAGGCAUCUGAUGGACCUGGACGAGGGCGAGCUGUUCAUGGAACUGAUUCGCGACGUGGCCAAUGAGCUGGACAUUGAUGUGCUGUGCCACAAGAUUCUGGUCAAUGUCGGACUGCUCACCCACGCGGAUCGUGGCUCGCUGUUCCUGGCCAAGGGCACGCCCACCAACAAGUAUCUGGUGGCCAAGCUAUUCGAUGUCACCCAAAAGACAGCACUCAAGGACGCAGUGACUCGGGCCAGUGCCGAGGAGAUAAUCAUUCCCUUUGGCAUCGGCAUCGCGGGCAUGGUGGCGCAGACAAAGCAGAUGAUUAACAUCAAGGAGGCCUACAAGGAUGCGCGCUUCAACUGCGAAAUCGAUCUGAAGACCGGCUACAAGACGAACGCCAUCCUCUGCAUGCCCAUUUGCAACUACGAGGGCGACAUCAUAGGCGUGGCGCAAAUUAUUAACAAAACGAAUGGCUGCAUGGAGUUUGACGAGCACGACGUAGAAAUCUUUCGGCGUUAUCUGACCUUUUGCGGGAUUGGCAUACAAAAUGCCCAGCUCUUUGAGAUGUCCGUCCAGGAAUACCGGCGUAAUCAAAUCCUCCUCAAUCUGGCGCGCAGUAUCUUCGAGGAACAGAACAAUCUGGAGUGCUUGGUCACCAAAAUUAUGACAGAGGCCCGGGAACUUCUCAAAUGCGAAAGGUGCUCGGUGUUUCUAGUGGACCUCGACUGCUGCGAGGCGAGCCAUUUGGAGAAGAUAAUUGAGAAGCCCAAUCAGCCAGCCACCCGCGCCAUCAAGUCCGCCGAUAGCUUCGAGGAGAAGAAAAUGCGCAAUCGUUUCACCGUGCUCUUCGAACUCGGUGGAGAGUAUCAGGCUGCCAAUGUAUCGAGGCCAUCUGUCAGCGAGUUGAGCUCCUCGACGCUGGCGCAGAUUGCUCAGUUUGUGGCCACCACCGGGCAGACGGUCAACAUCUGCGAUGUCAUCGAGUGGGUCAGGGAUCACAAUCAGAUUCGGGCCGAGGACGAAAUAGACAGCACUCAGGCCAUCCUCUGCAUGCCCAUUAUGAAUGCGCAGAAGAAGGUCAUCGGCGUUGCCCAACUUAUCAACAAGGCCAACGGAGUUCCCUUCACCGAGUCAGAUGCCUCAAUUUUCGAGGCAUUUGCCAUCUUCUGCGGCCUGGGCAUUCACAACACCCAGAUGUACGAGAACGCCUGCAAGUUGAUGGCCAAGCAGAAGGUGGCCCUCGAGUGCCUCAGUUACCAUGCCACCGCCAGCCAGGAUCAGACGGAGAAGCUCACCCAGGACGCGAUUGCCGAGGCGGAGUCCUACAACCUGUACAGCUUCACCUUUACGGACUUUGAGCUGGUCGACGAUGACACCUGUCGCGCAGUGCUGCGCAUGUUUAUGCAGUGCAAUUUGGUAUCACAGUUUCAGAUACCAUAUGAUGUCCUUUGCCGUUGGGUUUUAAGUGUUCGCAAGAAUUAUCGGCCUGUGAAAUACCACAAUUGGAGGCACGCUCUCAACGUGGCCCAAACGAUGUUCGCCAUGCUGAAAACCGGCAAGAUGGAGCGCUUUAUGACGGAUCUGGAGAUUCUGGGUCUGCUGGUGGCCUGUUUGUGCCACGACUUAGAUCAUCGUGGCACCAACAAUGCGUUCCAGACCAAAACUGAGUCCCCGCUGGCCAUUUUGUACACUACUAGCACGAUGGAGCACCAUCACUUCGAUCAGUGCGUAAUGAUUCUCAAUUCGGAGGGAAAUAAUAUUUUUCAGGCCUUGUCACCUGAGGACUAUCGUUCGGUCAUGAAGACCGUGGAAAGCGCCAUUCUGUCCACCGAUCUGGCCAUGUAUUUCAAGAAGAGGAACGCUUUCCUGGAGUUGGUGGAAAAUGGGGAAUUCGAUUGGCAGGGCGAGGAGAAGAAAGAUCUACUUUGUGGCAUGAUGAUGACUGCCUGCGAUGUGAGUGCCAUUGCCAAACCAUGGGAGGUCCAGCACAAGGUGGCCAAGUUGGUGGCCGAUGAGUUCUUCGACCAGGGAGACCUCGAGAAGUUGCAGCUCAACACCCAACCAGUGGCCAUGAUGGACAGGGAGCGCAAGGACGAGCUGCCCAAAAUGCAGGUGGGCUUUAUCGACGUGAUCUGUCUGCCCCUCUACAGAGUGCUUUGCGACACCUUCCCCUGGAUCACUCCCCUCUAUGAAGGAACCUUGGAGAACCGACGCAAUUGGCAGGAUCUGGCGGAAAAAGUGGAAAUGGGCCUGACCUGGAUCGAUCACGAUACAAUUGACAAGCCCGUGGAGGAGUUUGCCGCCUGUGCGGAUGAGGAGAUCAAGGACAUCGAGUUCACGGUGACCACGCUCAAUUGCAAUCAGCAAUCCCAGCAUGGCAGCGAGGAUAGCCACACGCCGGAGCACCAGCGAAGUGGCUCCAGAUUGAGCAUGAAGAAGACCGGAGCCCUGGGCAAGGCAGUGCGAUCCAAGCUAUCGAAGACUCUUUACAACAGCAUGGACGGCUCAAAGCCGAAGACCUCGCUGAAGCUCCUAGAAUCCCAUGUCAGCGAGGAUAUGGACGACAAGAGUCCCACGAGUCCUUCGCAACCGCAGGCAUCCGGGAGCAUGGGCCGCAUGUCCGCCUCCUCCUCCACUUCAUCCGCCGGCGGGCAGAUGGUGGACAAGUCCAAAAAGCGAUCCAAACUGUGCGCGUUGUUAUGACGAAAGCCGUCCAAUUAGA